AUGUUACCGGCUGCAUGUGUCACGCGAGCCCGGGCCGAGGCGCCCCUCAGGCGGCUACUCACCAGCCGAAGACCGCGGCUCUCCGAUAGCGCCAAACCGGCGAUUCGAGCCCAGCACACGCAUGUCGAUGUCGGAGGUCGACAUGUUGACGCAGAAGGACAUUCUGCUGUUUCGGGACGGCCGAGCAGUGGGAUAUCCGUGGACUUCGAGCAGACCAGAGAGGCUUAUAAGAGCAAGGACUCGUUGGAGCUACUUAGAAGUCUGGUGGUUCUCAAGAUGUGCUCAUACGACUUCCUGGUUGAUAAGAAUCAAGAGAUAAUGGAUUUCGGAAAGAAGGUAUUGGGUCAAAAAGCCUUUGAUCAGCUGAUGAAGAUGACGUUUUACGGACAGUUUGUGGCUGGCGAGGAUCACAAAGCCAUCAGGCCUCUCAUCCAGAAGAACCUGGCUUUUGGUGUGGGUUCAGUGUUGGACUACAGUGUGGAGGAGGAUAUCAGCCAGGAGGAGGAGCCACAGACAGCAAUGUACUCAAGUGAAUCCAGUGCUGAGAAAGGUCAGUCAAACUGUGAGCACAAUAAAGACACGCUUGGUGGACCCCAAGCAUAUUUCUACGCAGACGAGAGUAAAUGCGACCAACAUAUGGAAACAUUCAUCAAAUGUAUCCAAGCAUCUGGCGGGAGUUCAAUGGACGGCUUCUCUGCCAUCAAAAUGACCGCUCUGGGCCGACCUCAGUUUCUGCUGCACUUGUCUGCGGUUCUGGUAAAAUGGCGGCGAUUUUUCAACUUUCUGGCAUCCAGGCAGGGUCAAGAUGGAAUAGAUGAUUUGGAGAAAAAGUUGGAUGUUUUGCAGAUUCAGGAAUUUUUAAGCAGUGUGGGUGCAAAAGAUGACUUCUACAAUGUGUUAACUACACAGAGUGACAAAGAUUCAGGGACUAUCGACCUCAUCGGGUGGGAAAGCAUCUUCAGUGACAGAGCAAACUUAGGGGAACUACUUGUUGUUCCAAAUGUUCAGCUUGGUGAACUGGAGCCUCUGCUGAAAGACUUCACUGAAGAGGAUGAAGGACAAAUGAAGAGAAUUCUGCAGCGCAUGGAUGUUUUAGCAAAGCACGCUGUAAAGAAUGGCGUCCGCUUAAUGGUGGAUGCAGAACAAACCUACAUGCAGCCGGCCAUCAGCAGACUAACACUAGAAAUGCAGAAAGUUUACAACAAGGACAAGCCCGUCAUCUUUAACACCUACCAAUGCUACUUGAAGGACGCUUUUGACAACAUAACUUUGGCUGUUGAGUUGUCUCGACGCGAGGGCUGGCACUUUGCUGCCAAAUUGGUGCGAGGGGCUUACAUGCACCAAGAGCGGGAAAGGGCAUUGGAAUUUGACUAUGAGGACCCCAUCAACCCUGACUAUGAGUCUACUAAUGAAAUGUACCACAGAUGUUUGGAUUUCGUACUAGAUGAGAUUGCCCUCAACAAAAAUGCCAACGUUAUGGUCGCGUCUCAUAAUGAGGACACAGUGAAACACACGUUACGGAGAAUGAACGAGCUGGGUCUGUUGCCCAGGGAAAACAAAGUGUUCUUUGGCCAGCUACUGGGCAUGUGUGAUCAGAUCAGCUUCCCACUGGGUCAAGCAGGCUUUCCCGUCUACAAGUACGUCCCUUACGGCCCAGUGAAUGAGGUGAUGCCCUACCUGAGUAGGAGAGCCCAGGAGAACCGAGGCUUCAUGAAGGGUGCCCAAAAGGAGAGAGCGCUGUUAUGGAAGGAGCUGAAACGUAGAUUGACCUCCAGGGAGCUUCUCUAUAGACCGCUAUACUGA